GUCGGACCCGCUGUGGUGAUGGCGGCGCAGAUUGAUUGUGAAUUCCUAGUGAAGAAGGCUCGGGAUUUAGUGACGGAUGAUCCUUGGGCCGCCAAAGCCUGGCUAAUUACUUCCAGGACCUUAUACCCUACUGACUUCGGGAUUCAGUAUGAAAUGUAUACAAUCGAACGAAAUGCUGAGAGAACGGCUUCAGCUGGAAGAAUCCUUUAUGACAUGUUUGUAAACUUUCCUGAUCAGCCAAUGGUUUGGAGAGAAAUAAGUGUUAUUACAGCUGCACUGCGUAAUGAUGCUCAGGACAAGCAGACACAGUUUUUACGAGGUUUGUUUGAGACUCUUCCAGGUCGAAUACAAUGUGAAAUGCUCCUUAAAGCCACAGAACAGUGCUUCAACACAUUGGAGAGAGCAGAGAUGUUGCUGCUGCUCUUGAGACGGUUCCCGGAGUCUGUGGUACAACAUGGAGUCAGUCUUGGUGAAACUUUAUUGGAAGCUGAAAACAUGGAUGAUCAAGAAUCACCUGUCAACUGUUUUAGGAAGUUAUUUGUGUGUGAUGUUCUACCUCUAAUUAUUAAUAACCCUGAAGUGAGAUUACCUCCUAACCUGCUGUAUCAGUAUCUUCACAAGGCAGCAGAGUUUUAUAUUGGUUAUGUUACUAGAUCACCUUCAUUGGAAAGUCAGCAUCAAGGUUCCCAAGACACAGCUGAUUUAAAGUCACCCACCAAGCGGAGCACCCAGAAAUAUGUUAUAGAAGGUCUGACUGAGAAGUCAUCCAUGAUAGUAGAACCUUGGGAUAGAUUGUUUGAAAUUCUGUCUAUCGUGGCAAUGAGGUGUGAAUGGCAGAUGGACAAAGCAAACAGGAGUUGUGGUGAAAUUCUGCACAGAAUGAAAGAUUUAUGCAGAUAUAUAAACAACUUUGACGAUGAAGGCCACAGGAAAUAUAAGCAUCAAGUUGUUUACUCUACCCUGCUGGUAUUUUUCAAGAAUGCAUUCCAAUAUGUUGGUAGUAUCCAGCCAUCUCUAUUUCAAGCACCAAGCCCUUCCAGCAACCAGGUUCCUCUUAUUUUAUUGGAUGACUUGUCAAAUAUCUAUGGUGAUGUGGAUAUUGAUCGCAGUAAGCAUAUUCAUAAAAGACGAAAACUUGGAGAUGGGAGAGAAAAAACGUUGAGUUCAGAUGAUGAAGAAUGUUCUGGAAAAGUGCGUAACCGUCACAUUGUUGUCAAUAAGAUUGAGCUGCCAAAUUCAAUAGAUGUACUUGAGAGCUUUAAAGUAGCAAGAGAAAGUUGGGAAUUGCUUCAUUCCCAAGAGGCUUUGGAAAAAGAAGUCACUCGAAUCUGUAUAUCCUGGAAGACUGAAACCUGGCUAUGGUUGAGAAUAUUUAUUACUGACAUGAUUAUAUACCAGGGUCAAUACAGAAAAGCAAUAAACAGUCUUCAUCAGUUGGGUGCUCUUCAGGGAGCCCAGCAGCAUGUCAUGAGUCAGGGUACACUUGAACAGCAGAGGGCAUUAAUCCAAAUGGCUGCCUGUCACUUUGCAUUGGGGGAAUACAGAAUGACAUGUGAUAAGGUGUUGGAUGUUAUGUGCAGUAUUAUUCCAUGUACACAGGAUGUGGUGAAAGUACAGGAGGAAAUUCCGAAAGUGAAACCUAGAUUCAGAAAAGGUUCAGAUCUUAAACUCUUGCCAUGUACUAGCAAAACCAUGAUGCCAUAUUGCCUUCAGUUAAUGCUGGCUUGCUUUAAGCUGCGAGCUUUCACAGACAUACGAGAUGAUCUAGCAUUAGGUCAUGUGAUUGUACUGCUACAACUGGACUGGCCUCGAGGAGAGAACCUUUUUCUCAAAGCUGUUGACAAAAUCUGUCAACAAGGAUCCUUUCAAUAUGAAAACUUCUUCAAUUACGUCACAAACAUUGAUAUGUUGGAAGAAUUUGCUUAUCUUAGAACUACAGAAGGUGGUAAAAUUCAUCUCGAGCUGUUGCCAAAUCAAGGCCUUCUCAUAAAGAAUUCUAGCCCUCCACUGGGGGUACUUCCACAGGAGUUCAAACUGCAGCCCAGCAGUCAGACAGCUGACAGACAUCAUACCGUAACCCGAGGUAUUACCAAGGGAGUAAAGGAGGAUUUCCGGUUAGCAAUGGAGCGACAGGUUUCUCGCUGUGGAGAAAACCUAAUGGUUGUGUUACAUAGAUUUUGUAUUUCUGAGAAGAUAAUAUUACUCCAGACCUUGAUGUGAGGGAUAAUAUCAAACUCUCUUUUAGAAUAUACGAAUGGUUAUGUCAGUCUGUCUUGUGCAUGAAAAAACUUACUGAAUUUUAGACAUUAGUGUGUCCAUCUGACCAGGGCUCAAGCAAAGACUGGAAAGAACAUUUUAUUUCUAACUCCAUAUUUCUAACAUAAAAUGUCAGCAAUAUGUUAGUUCUUCACUUAGUGAAGUGCUUCACUUUUGAAGAAUGUGCGCAUUAAGGCCAGAGGUCCCAAUGCUAAAGGGCUGGAGUAUUUUUCCUUCUAUUUUCUGUUAUUAAGUUCCACCAUUCUGAGCAGAUGUACAAUUAUCUGUAGAGAAAAUUUCACAAUGACCCAGCAAUAUGCUUUAGCCUCAAGUCCCAUCCUCCAAAGAGUGUUCCCAACUCCACCAAUAUGUUUUCCUAUAUUUGUUGCACUAUGUUACUAAAUCAUAGACUGUUAAAAUUUUGGAAAAUUAUUGCCAUAUUUGUGUUGUCCAUUUUACAUCACUCCAAAGCUGAUUUUCCAUACUCAUUUGAUUAGUUUUCCCAUAGGCCUCAGAAAUAGUUUUUUUUCCCCAUCAUUGGCUCAGUUUAGGUAAAAAAGACAGUGCUGUAAUUCUGCCCUCCAAGUCCAUGAUACAAAUGAAAAUCAGAGAUCACAAAAUAACAUUUUUAAUUCAUCCUAGCAAACAAUAAUAAGGUUCAGUCUGUCUUAUAUUAAUAAGCCCACAUGUUAAUAGAGAAUCAGUUACAAUUCCAAAAAUCGUGCAAUUUCAAGAGUACUAUAUCCAACCCUUUUCACUUCAGAUUCAUCAACAUUGUCCAGGCAGAAUACCUCAUCCUGAAUUUGUUCUCCCUUCUUUAUCCACAUUAUAUGCUAAAAGUUGUAUUUAAGUUGAUUUUUUUCUUAAGAAGUUGUGCAUUUUGUUUCCAGUGUUUGUUUUACUCCUAGCUAUAGACAUUUGUAUACAGGAAAGACAAAGCAAUAUCAUUUCCUCUUAAUACCAGAAUCAGCUUCACCGAAUUUAUUCAUUGUGGUAGGGAUUUUGAAAGAAAUAUAUUUCUGAAGGAAAAGUAGGAUGGUUCAAAAAAUCAAAGUGUGCUGUAAAACAUCUUAUGUUUAUAGACUACAGAACCUUUUAAGCUUGCUCUUACAAUUUAACACAGCAACUGGUGUGAACUUUGGUGAAUUAAACCAUCUGAUUUAGAAUUAACAACAAUGCUUGAUGAUCCUAGUAUCAACAGUUUUCCAUUUAUGUAGAGCUUUCUCAAAGUAAUGUCAGUUAAAUGUUAAAAUUAUUCAUUGUGUUUUCCGAUUUUCCAUUUGUUGUUUUCAACUAAGGGCAGAAAUAGUGAAAAAAGUUUAAAUACAUUUAUAAAAUUAGUAUUUUCCGUGCAUUGGACACCAGCUCUAUCUCAUGAUCUAUAUUAAUUGUACAACUAUAAUUUGUUGGAAGUAGUUAUUAUUAACUGUUUGUAUUAUUUCCCCAGGGAUAUGACAUCAUUGCAGUUGAUUGAGAUGACAUUCACAGAAAUUCCAGGUUCAAAUCUUUAGCGAACUACCUUAGAUUGGGUAUUUAUUUGACUAAAAUGUCUUCAGAAUAUGUACCUGCUGUAACUUCUUGAAGCAAGUUUCCAAAAUUAGUGUCAGUUUUGAUAACUAUUUCCAGGGCAAUCACAUUUUAAAGAACAAUUUUUAAAAAUUGAAAUGGAGAUUUGCAGUGGUGAAGAAGGAAUGUUGAUCUUAUCCAUAAAAGAUUUUGAGAGAAAGGGAACAUUCCACUUUGAUAGGCCCACAGCCUGAAGCACAAGAACUAAAGUCUUCUACUGUGGUUUAAGCCUCCAGCAUUACAAUUUAUUUCAGUAUGGUAGAUUCUGUUUAAUUGCCUUAACUGCCAAAGCUGGAUGCCCAGUCUUAGUAUGUGUCAUAGUCACAGUCGUAGAACAGUGGCUUAUUAUGAUGUGAAUUUAAGGUGCAAAACGAGAAUUAUUUUAGAGACUGAUUAUUUAUUUUGUGUGGAUCUAUGUACCAGAGGCAUUGUUUAGUUGAAGGCAGUGUAAGUCUCCUAAUUACCAUAAAAUAUCUAUUUUUUGUAGCAUUCAUGUACAGUUUUAUAGAACAUUUGUUAGUUUUUAUGAAAACCUUUUUUCCAAAAAAAAUUGUCUUUUGUUGAUUUGCUGAAAUUGGGCUCAUAGCCACUUAAUUCAGAACAAUUACUUGUGUUGUUUUUCUGCUAUGACAAUAAAAAAAAUGAAAUGUAUAACGUCCAAGGUUUAAACAUAUUUUCUUGAAUAUGUGUAAGGUUCAAAAUAAAAUCUGAGGCAAACUAACAACCAUUUUUCCU